AUGGCGGCGGCCUCGCCUUCCUCUCCCUCCGCCCUUUCCCCGCCCCGCCGUGAGGAGGAGCGGGAUCAGACCGAGAGCGGCGGCUUCUCGCUCUCCAGAACUCUCCUCCGCGCCCGGUCUGAGGCCGCCGGGCACCGGGCGGGCGGCGGAAACGUCGAGCGGUGGCGGGGCGCAGGGGGCCGCCAUGUUGUACGGCAGAAGGAGGCGGGCGGGGCCGUCGUCGGGCACUUCCGUUUCCGGUGUGUCCGGGCCGUGGAGGCGGUGUGGGGAGCGGAAGUUUCGGGGGGGCCAUGCGAGAGUGAGGAGGCCAAGACCCCCCCAAAAGUGGUAGAGGAGGAAGAAGAAGAGGAGGAAGAGUUGGAUCCCAGGAUACAGGAGGAGCUGGAGCACCUCAACCAGGCCAACGAGGAGAUCAACCGCGUGGAGCUCCAGCUGGAUGACGCCCGCACCGCCUAUCGCCGCAUCCUCUCCGAAUCCGCCCGGAAACUCAACGCCCAGGGCUCCCAGUUGGGCAACUGCAUCGAGAAAGCUCGACCCUACUACGAAGCCCGACGCUUGGCCAAGGAGGCCCAGCAGGAGACGCAGAAGGCGGCGCUGCGCUACGAGCGCGCCGUCAGCAUGCACAACGCCGCCCGCGAGAUGGUCUUCGUGGCCGAGCAGGGGGUGAUGGCCGACAAGAACCGCCUGGAUCCCACCUGGCAGGAGAUGCUCAACCACGCCACCUGCAAGGUGAACGAGGCAGAGGAGGAGCGGCUGCGGAGCGAGCGGGAGCACCAGCGCGUCACCCAGCUCUGCCAACAGGCCGAGGCCAAGGUCCAGGCCCUCCAGAAAUCCCUCAAACGCGUCAUCGUCAAGAGCAAACCCUACUUCGAGCUCAAAGCCCAGUUCAACCAGAUCCUGGAGGAGCACAAGGCCAAAGUGACGGCGCUGGAGAGGCUGGUGGCCCAGGCCAAGACGCGGUACUCGGUGGCCCUGAGGAACCUGGAGCAGAUCAGCGAGCAGAUCCACGCCCGGCGCCUCCAGCGCCUCAUCCUGCGCCGGGCCUCGCCGGUGGGAGCCGAGGCCAGUCCCCAACAUGGCGGGAGCGAGGUGGGGGGGACGGGGGGGACGCGGUUGGGGACGGAGUGUCCCCAGGGUGACACCCUCUCGGUGCUCAGCCUCCAAACCAUCGCCUCCGACCUCCAGAAGUUCGACUCGGUCGAGCAUUUGGUAGGCCUCUCGGACGCCACCAGCCUCAACAGCGACGAGCUGGAGGAGCGGGAGCAGCGCCGGGGGGGGCAGGGGCAUUUCAAACACCACAGGAGCAUCAGCCUUUAACCCCCCCCCCCACCA